AUGCUCGCUCCAGACAAGUACUUCGACAGCGUGGCGUUCUGGAAGCAGGCGUACGCCAAGUCCGAAGCCACGCAGAGCAAGCUCCUCGACCGGAUCUAUGACCUGGAGCAGCGCAAUGAGGCGCUCCUGGUCAAGCUGAAGCCUGAAGUCGCUGAUGAGCAACUACUCCAAGGACCAGAGAAGCGCAAGGGGAGCAGCGAUCCGGGUGUUUCUGGUGCGGCGAGGAAACGGGCAAAGACGGCUGCUUCGGCCAGGCCAUCUACGGCUGGAACUGGGCGGGGGAAGCUGGAUGAGUUUAUGCAUGAUGUCAAAUAUGAGGAAGCGAACCUUGCAAAGAAACCCAACUACUCGGUUAUCGUCCUGAAUGCAGUCGACCUGUGCAAGGCAGCAGAGUCAGCGGUCCUGGCCAUCCACGAGACACAAGCGUCAGGCCGGUCCAAGGCGACUGACACAUUAAAAGAACAGGAUCCCAGUCCGAUAUCUGUACUCUGCGCGCUUGAACUUGCUUACGAGCUCCUCUGCCAAGGGCUGAACAAGCUAGCAAGCUCUGCAGAAGGAAGAAAACACGAAGGACAUCUUGUCUACCAUUUGGUUUCCCUGUUCGAGACCAUCCUCCGUGCUCUGGAGCAACGAAGCAAAACCACAGCCAAACUCGAAGAAGAGAACUCUCCACAACGCAAGCAAGCCAAAAAGCAGAAGCAAGCCGCCAAGUCCAACAAACAGGAAAGGACACCCACCACCAAGCCUGAUGACGAGGACCAAGUCUCCCAAGGUAUUGUCCGCUUGCUUGCUGCGAUGAUGCUGCUGUCCGGCAGCAACUCUGUCGCUACUCAUCGAGACCUGCUGGAAGGGUAUCUCUUCGUGCUCCUCAGCCGCGUGGGGAAGAUUCUCUGCGUGUUCGAAUUCCGCGACCUGCUUCUACGACCGGAUCUGCGCGCCGCCCCGGACAAGCUGCCCAUGCCGCAGGGUCUCUUGCAAGCAGACACGGACGACGCGGCAAUGCGGGCAGCAGAGAUGGAAGCAAAAUACUUAACCUGGCUCCUGGAACGGGCGAUGGCCGUUGUCUAUUCCUUAUCCAUGAAAUCGGCUUCUAGCAACAACAAUGCUGCCAACAAUAAAAAUAAUAAUGGCACCGUCGAAGAAGAGGGACCAAACGGGCCGCUCCUCCGCUUCGCCAAAAGAAAGCUGCAGAGCACGCUCCUGAAAGCCGUUUUCGGUGAGGAGCAUCCUGCGUUCGUUGAGCGACUCAAACGUCCCCGGUUGUUGCCUGAGGCGGCGCUUGCGCAGCCGCGUGCUGCAGAGGAGUCUGCGCUGGAUUGGUUUCCGCGGGAGGUAUGGCGACUGCUUGGGUGGGAUAUGCUUGCUGAGGUGAAGUAA